ACAUGUUUGUAGUAAGAAUAGCCAUUUUUGUGAAAAAUUACUCUAGUUACUAAAGUAAACAGUAUUUUAAUAUUGGAAAACUCGUUCGUCCUGAAUAUUUUAUGCAGACCUGAUUAUGUGUUAUGGGUUGAUAACUUGGAAGAGUUUAAUUAACGUGAUUUUGUGACUUUUGAUAAUAGCAGUCUCAUUUCACUUCAUGAUAUGGAUUACGCGACUAACAUCGAUCAACUUUUUGAUAAAAGAUUCACUUUUAAUCUUAAAAAUUUGGAUACAUUGGAGAAUCUCGAUGAUUUCUUGACUUGGCCGCCAUGGGAAUUUCGUUGUGGUUCAUUGUUUAGACAUGAUCUAGAUUGCACUCGAACUCUUUUAGAUGAUAAGGAUUUAAUCUCCUGGAAUAAACAUACCAAUCGAACUGAUUUAACAUCUUUUGUGCUCAAAGAAAUUCGUGAUAAGAUUCAGAAUGAACUAUUAACUCGAGCAUGGUGCAAAUUAACAGAGAUUAUCACGUCUUUUCCAGUGUUGGAUUUAGAAAGUGAAUCUAAAAAAGAUCUCAAUGAAGUGAAUGCGUUGUUUCUGUGCGAAGCUCCAGGCUCAUUUGUACAUGCAGUCAAUUAUUACAUUCAAGGCAAACAUCCUGGUCUCAAAUUUAACUGGGCUGCUUCAACACUAAAUCCAUAUUACGAGCAAGUUGAUGCAAUCAAAACAGCAAUUGGCGAUGAUAGAUUCAUCAAGCAUGUGAAAUUCUAUGAUCAUUGGUUUUUUGGUGAUGAUAAUCGCGGCGACUUGUUAGAUGUGGCAUUUUUGCAAAGUAUUAUUGAUAAAUUUAGAAAUAAACCAGUUGAUUUGGUUACUGGGGAUGGUGGCAUCAAUUGUAUCGAUGCACCUGAAAUUCAAGAAGAGUUAUCUUUCCCGUUGAUAUUGCAUCAGUUUUUAGCUGCCAUUAAUUGUCUCAAGGCUGGUGGUAGUUUUAUUGUCAAAAUGUUUAAUUUAUUCUCAUCGCAGACACUUUCACUCACCUAUCUAAUGACUAAUCUGUUUUCCGAGGUUUCAUUCUUCAAACCGGUCACUAGUAAAUCUGGUAAUUCUGAGGUUUAUGCCGUGUGUAUCAAGCUACAUGAAAGUAAACGUGAUUUAAUUGACCAACUGACUAAAACAUACAUUCAAAAAGGAAAGGAGUCUUUACAAUCAUCAAUUUUACCUGCAACAAUUAUUCCGAAACAAUUCAUUGAUCAAUUUACAGAAUGUUCCAAGUUGUUUAAAGAUUUUCAAAAAUUGGCUAUCGAACGGAACUUAGACAUUUAUAAUGAUCCUCAAAGGGAGAAAAUUUACCUUUCUCUUAAUAAAACCAAAAAGGCCAUCACUCGGAUUUACUUGAAGAGAUAUCAUACUUUCACAGUUUCUGAUAGAUUUCGACUAACUUCUGGUCAAGAUUUGGAUUUUAAGCACUUAUGUAUGUUCAAAUAUUAUUUAUAUGCUCUUUUGAACGCAGUAUGUAGCCAAGAAAGCUACGAAAAACGUAAACAAGAUGAACAAAUCAGUUUUGAAAGAAUUACUGUAAUUCUCAAAAAUUUAUACGACCGUGAUGAAGCAGAAAAUAUUUUGAAUCGUUGGUCAACCAUUAGUCCAGUUGAUAUAUCAAAGAUGAAACUUACGUUUGGCUCUGGAUUCAAUAGGAUUACAAAUUCAAAAUUUGUGGACAAAUAUUUACUUCAUCUUUAUAAUUUGGUUACUGACUCUAGUGAUUGUAUGCCGGCUACAGAAAUCGCAUCUUCAGCCGCUAACAAAAAAACUUUGGACAGAUUCAACUCUUUGAUAACUCACGUAUUAUCUGAUGAUGCCACACAAUUCAAAUACAUUUUAGGACCUGAAUUGAGUGCGAUUUCUUCUUUAAUUUCCAAUAAGUUUCGUCAUCUGGAAUCAAGAAUGAUUGUUAGAGGUGAAACGAGCAAGUAUUCAUCUGAAGGUAGAAAUUUUGUCAUCAUUGAUCCAUAUAGUAGUCAUUUGACAGAAAUUUCAACUGCAAAAUGCUCUAAAUCGUUAACAAUUAUACUACAAGAACAGGAUGUUAUUAAAAGUAUUCUUACACAAUUGAUUGCCUCAAUUGAAUGUCUCAAGUCAACUGAUAUUCUAAUUUUACAUAUGAGCUCCUGUUUAUCUCGGUUAAUGGUGGGAUUAAUCUAUUUACUAACCUCAUUGUUUGCUGAUUUAGCCAUUAUUCCAUCUUUUACACACACAAAUCCAAACAGAACAACCAAUUUUGGAAUGUUGCUCAUUUUUAAAGGUUCCUCUGUUGAAAAUCGUAGAUUCGAUGUUGCAACUGUACAAAAAGUUGCAAGUAGUCUUGAAAAAAUCAAGAAUGCUUACGAGAUGAGUCAAACAAAAUACCAAAACUCUUUAUUAGAGAUUUUUUCUGUUCCUGAGAUUCUAUUGAAUGAAUCGUUUUCCAAGCUGAUUUACACUGGUAAUUUUGUUAAUUUGGUCGAAAAAAUGGAAUAUAUUUUAACUUGAUUCUCAGAAAGAGAACAUUUUAUUUACAAAGACAAAGAGGAAAGUUCCUGUUGCUUGAUUCAUUUUCAUCACAAACACUUUCACCCACUCAUCUAAUGGUUAAUCUGUUUUUCGACUUCUCAUUCAUUCGAGGUCACUAGCAAAUCUGGUAACUCUGAGGUUUAUACAUUGUGAAAGUGAACGUGAGUUAAUUGACCAAAUAACUAAAGCAUAUGUUAAAAAGGAAAAGAGUCUCUACAACCAUCAAUUUUACCUGCAGAAGCUAUCCCGAAACAAUUGAUUGAACGAUUUACAAAUUGCUUCAUGUUGUUUAAAGAUUUUCAAAAAUUGGCUAUCGAACGGAACUUAAACAUUUAUUUACAUGUAUUCGAUUAUUACAUUGAAAGCAAACAUUCUGGUCUCAAAUUUAAAAUGUAUUAAAAUAUAAAUAAAGUAUGUUGUAUAAAA